CGACCCUGGCGACUUCACAAUUCCCGUUGACCAUUGAUGCCAUAAACAAUAUGGCUUGAGCACGUCGACAAUAAGCUAUCACCGACACGUACUAUCGCUUCCACUCAAUGUAUAUGUCGUCUCUUCCCCCAAACCCGUGUCUCGUCGCGAUCCUUCUCAUUGUCAAAUCUCGGGCAGGCCCAAGAUUUGUCUUCCACUAUCCUCCGCAAAUCCGCCAGAGUGGCUCCUCGAGCCAGACAGCCUGGCAUGGCGCCUACGGAACAAGCUCAUCCAUGACGGAUGAUUCGUCAAAUUCGAGCGAGGAAGACGAAUGGAGCUCCGACGAGGACUAUGUGUCACACCACCGCACUCGACGCGGCGAAGUCAGCGAAGCAGAUCGAAGUCUACGAGCGUCGCGGGCGAACAAGCGAUCGCGCAACCCAGAAGAGGACGAGGACGACAGCUCCUCGUCUGAAUCCGAGAAGAGGAGAGACUCCAUCUCAUGGGAACGAGUGCUUGGCUUCUCGACGGAUGGGCUGGAGAAGAUACUCAGUCCGGACAGGAUAUACCACAAGAAGAAAUACGAGUUGAACCUGGAUCCUUGGGUCUUUGUCGGCUGCCCAAUGUUUGUCAAGGAUAGUGGGAAAUGGAUGAAGAAGAAAAAGGAGAAGCGACGAGAGGCUGCGCGCUCCGAGGCAAAGGACGAGCCGCAUUCGCCCAAGAGUUCUAAUGCUCCACAUCAAGAGACAGACGGCGCACGACCAAGGGCUGGAAGAGCGCAUUUUGAUCUGGAGGCUCAAGAUGAUGCGGACGAAGAGGAUGAUGCCAAGAGUACCUCGACAAACGGCGGAGAUAGCAACAUGACAAUGUUUCAUAUAGUGUUCGUCAUGAACCCUCCAGUGUUGGAAUAUCAGCUCAGAGUGAGGGAAAUGUACGAUCACAUUGUGAAGAAGCUGGCAAGGGUCUUGAAGUAUGAACAGGCCCGGUCGAAUUAUGUCUGGAGAGAGUCGCAAAAUAUCUUGUCCAUGAAGGAAAAGGCAAAGGAAGCAGGCACACCGAUCAACACACUUUGGCAAAAUAUCAUCGCAAACUCCAGUCUGGCUCGUGCUAUGGGCACAGUGUACGACGCCAUCUCUUCUUCCAGAAUCGCUCACAUUGUCAUUGACUCGUCGUAUGACACGAGCCUGCAAAUCCCACAACAGGUCGCGACUCCGUAUCUACCUGCUGCCACCGAGCCCCAAAUGCCCGGGCUCUGGCUGACUACAGCCAACAACCUCACCUCGCCAGUCAAUCCCGCGGCCGAGGACGAAACGUCGCUCGGGCCACACUUUGCUCUUCUUUUCCUCAAAGACGUCCCGACUCUGCUCAAGGAGAUAUCCUCCGACAGCACCAAAGACGUGUCGGGCCCACUGGCGCACUACAUCCGAUGUUCGAAGCCCACCAUGUCCUUUCUCCAAGUCUCCAACACGCACAACAUUCCCCUCGCCGACAUCCAGAUCCUCGCGCAACAUCUCAUCUACUGGCGGCGAGCACGCGCGAUCCCGCCACUCCACCAACGAGACACGUACAUUCUCUCGCCCAACGCCGACAUGAGCAGCCUCACCUCCGCAACGGCCUCCUACGCCGCGUCCUUCCCGACCUUACCAAGCCUCCCUAAAAUGCUAUCCAUGCUCUCCGGCCCACCCAAGCCCUACAGCGCGCUGAUCCCCAGCAAGGACCAUCGGCCCGCCUAUCUCGAGAUUCUCGCGUGGUUGCUUCGCGGCGGCUGGGUCACGCAGCUGCGCACUUUCGGCUGGAUCCGCGUACCAGCAUACAUCAAGGAAAUUGUCGCGCAGGAACAACACCGCGAACAAUCCAUGCCCGUCACGCCCGAAGCCACGCCCCCGCCGCCCCAGGCCCCUGGUCCCUUAACAACAACAACAAUAACCGACCCCACCACGUCAGCCUUGGCUUCCUCUCCCAACUCCACCUUUCACGCGAAAUGGAAAGAAAGAUCCGCAUCUGCUUCUUCCCCGCGCUCCACCCAGACAGACCAUCUCGCGUUUCGCUCCUCCACGCCGACUGCCGCUGCGGCAGACACGUCUACGGCAUCCAUCAUCCUCGACCCGCACAAGGCCAAUGCGACAGAGUCGCGCUGGAUCGACGCGAUCGCCAAACACGCCCUCUCCGCGGUCUCGGAAGAGCAUCCGGACCUGCGCACCUAUUGGCCGAUUUUCGUCCGCUAUUUCAACGGCCAGCAUGCCCUCGAGAAGAUUAGUGCGCGCGAAGGAAUCAAGCGCAGGGAGGUCUGGAGACUGCUUGCCGCGGUGGAGUCGGUGGGUGUCUUGAGCGUCGUCAGGCAUUGGUGAUGAUUAGUAUUUGGUUAUUUCCCGUGUGUUUUAUUUUUCCGUUAUUCAUUCCCUAUGUAUCUGAUUCCCAUUCGUCCUAUUCCUUUUAUUUAUUCCCCAUUCGUCUUAUUUUCCUAUGAUUUAUUUACCUUGUCUUAUACCAAUUACUACUCGUCUUCAUCCUUUUUACAUUUCAUCAAAUCUAUAUUAUAUUUAUUAUUUUCUGACCAUGUUAGUAUAUUGGGUUUUUGUAAUUAUAUAGUCCUAAGUUGUAAGCCCU